AUGACCGAGAAAAAUAAAUCGGAAAAGAUGACUAAUGCAUCCAAACCUGUUCCCAUGAAACUUUUUGCAGCCUGGGAAGUGGACAGGACGCCUUCCAACUGCAUUCCCAGGCUGUGCACUCUCCGGAUAACCAGGCUCAGAGUAUGUGGUGCGCUGGGCGAGACAGGCGGUGGCGCUGCGAGUGGCGCGGGCGCCGGCGCCGUAAUCCUCGCCGCGCGCAUGCACAGCUCCAAGCGGACGCUGCGGUCCAACGACAUCGCAGUCCCACCGCUUGAUGUCGAGCUCGACCUGUGCUUCUCCUUGCAAUACCCUCACUUCGUCAAACGGGAUGGUAACAGAUUACAAAUCAUGCUGCAGCGUCGGAAGAAGUACAAGAACCGCACAAUUUUGGGAUACAAGACUUUGGCCGAGGGUGUAAUCAGGAUGGACCAGGUACUUCAAAGGUCGAUGGACAUGGAGCUGGAGCUGACAGGUGUUGGUGGCAAAGUAGGCGCUGCUGCAGGACAGCCAGUCGCCAAGCUGACUAUCACCGGCCUCGCGUCCACUCCCGUAGACCAUGAUACUAAGAACAAUAAUACUUUGCUUAUUACAGAACGAGGCUAUUCAGAUGAAGAAGAAGAAGGGGAAUUCAGUUCGGUGGAGGAAGCCGAUGAAAUGACGUACGGAGCUCCCGCCAGGCGGCGCGCGCAUCGACAAUUGGCGUUCAACAAAACUGAUUUAUCGUAUACCAAGUUGUCCCGUUCUCGCGACUUGAGCUUCAUGGAGCGCGAGCGAAAGAGACAGAGCUAUAUAAACUCUAAGGCGAACGACAGAGACAGCGACAGUGAGCUAGAGACUGCGGCCGCGAAACGCAAGGGCAGCCGCGGGAAGCUCGCGCAACGCAACUUGAAGCAGAAGUUCGCGGCGUUGUUGCGGCGGUUCCGAGUCCCCGAGGAACUGUCGGAGCGAGGCGCAACAAGGGACACGCAUCAUGCGCAACACGACAUUGAUGAACUAUUCCAGGAACUGGAAUCUUUAUCAUGCGGCGAGGGCGAGGACUCAGGUCCAGAUCAGAUGGAUACCAUCAGCAUCGGUUCCACACCCAAACCCUCGCUGAGACCUUUCUUCAGCAGCUCCAGGAGUCUCGCCAACCAGGAGCAUCACAGGCAUUCCAACGAAUCAGAAGCGGUCAGAAGUUCUGCUGGUGACGAGAGAGCCAGCGAUGGUAACAGUGACGGUGAUGCCACCAUUGACGCGCCCGUGUCGGGAGCUUCAGUAUCCAGCUCCCCGCCUAACGAGAUCAAGGUCAGGGAGGACAAGCGGUCCCGGUUAUUUCGUAGUGCGACGAGCGGUGGCAACCUUAUACCGGGGGGCGGGGUCACGCGCAAGAAGAACUCGCUCGUAGUGGGCGCCGAGAGACCGCUCUCUGCUCACGAGUUGCCCGCACAGAGUCCCACCACUUUAGAGCCGCGCCGUACAUGGGCGGAGCAGGUAUCUCGGCUGGCGGGCGAGGAGCUGGCGGGCGAGUGCGUGGGCGUGUGCGGCGCGGGCGCGGGCGCGGCGCACGCGGCGCUGCUGGCGCUGCGCGUGCCGGCCGCCACCGCGCCCUCGCCCGCGCCCGACCCGCGCCCUCUGCUGCACGCGCUCAUAUCUAGGGCUAAGCAAGGCACCCGUCGCUCGUGUAUCCGCGUGGCAAUCUGCGGCGGCGACGCGGCGGCCAGCGCGGCACUGCGCGCGCACGCGGAGCUCGGCGCGCGCCGCCCGCACGACGCGCCCACGCUGCGGUUCUACAUCGUACCUAUAGGUCCCAGCGUGAUAGCGCGCCACCUGGCGGCGUCAGACGGUGGCUACGCGUCCUUGUUCACGGGCGACUCCUGGGCCAACAUCUGCGAGCGGGCCGCCGAGGGCUCCGCGCCUGAUGUCGCUGAAAUGUCCUCCAGGAUCGGCAGGUAUCUGAACAGCAUCGGUCCAGUGAACAACGUGCCAAUCGGCGAGGCGAUGGUGGCGUAUAGAGAGAAGUCGGGCGACGAGGACGCCAGCCAGACAUUCGUGCCCUUUAUUGCGGAGGUGAGAGUAGGUUGCAGUGAGGGCGGAGUAUCCUCCCUGGAGUUAGAAGAAGGUGGCUCUCCCCCCGCCCGAGCGUCUCCCCCCGCGACCCCGGCCCCCCACCCCCACGUGACCCCCCACAUGACGGAGCUCACCGCUGCUCCCCUGCCGCUACCCCUACUUGCAAGGACUGAACCACUUGAGCUGCAGUUGGAUUAUUGGCUGGUCCCAGGCCGCCAGCCCGACGGCACGGACAGUAAGGUGACGGUGAAGGCAUCGUUCCGCGCACUGCACGUCACGCGACAGAACGCGCACCUCAGCAUCACGUACCUCACCAAGGAGAAGAAGCAGAAGAUAAUGCGGCUGGGCAAGAAGAAGGAGAAGACGGGCGAGGCUGAAGUAGGACGCGCACAGACCGUGGAUGGAGUCGCAAGACUUAUAUGCUCCGCCAAGAGCUCUCACAACGUGCCGCUCAAAGUAUACAUAGACGGCAUGGAGCUGAACGGCGUGAAGUUCUUCCAGUUGUCGACGCAGUGGCAGACUCACGUCAAGACAUUCCCCGUCGCCACCUGCGGGGCCCCGCUCGCACCGCCUGAGUCGUAG